AUGAACUCCACGAUGAAGAUGUCCGAGCCGCCGGCGGUAGAGCAGCUGGCGUUCGCCGACAAGGUGCUGCUUAACAAGGCCGACCUGGUGUCCGCCGAGGAGAAGCAGGAGGUCGUCAAGCGCAUCAAGGCCAUCAAUUCGUCAGCCGACAUUAUUGAGACGGUGCAAGGCAACGCCCCCCUGGAGCGCAUACUGGAGAUCAAGGCGUUCUCGUUGGAGCGAAUCUUGGAGGGCGAGCCGACCUUUCUGGAGUCGGAUGGCGAGCACCAGCAUGACUCCUCUGUUACCAGCGUGGGCCUCGAGCUGGAGGGCGAAAUGGACAAGAAAAAGCUGGACAGCUGGCUCGGCGCCAUCCUGCGCGAGAAGGGCACGGACAUCUUCCGCAGCAAGGGCAUCCUCGCUAUCAAGGGCACAGCAGACAAAUUGGUGUUCCAGGGUGUCCACAUGCUGAUGGGCUUCGCCAGCAGCAGUGAGGGUGUCGGCAAGCCCUGGCGGGAUGGGGAGAAGCGAGUGAACCGCAUCGUUUUCAUUGGGCGGCACCUGGACCGAAAACAGCUGGCGAGCAGCUUCACGGCGUGCCUGGCAGACUAA